AUGAAGGCGAGCAUCUCCUCCUCCUCCUCCUCCUCUUGCAUCCUGGGAGCUGGAGUCCAUCCCGGGCUGCGCUGCCCAGUGCAAACUACGACUCCCAGAAUUCUGUGCAAAGAGAGAGAGAGAAAGAGCUGGCGUUUGAAGGGAGGGUGUUGUGUUUCCAUCUGCCAGAGGUUUGAUGUGGCUGCCCGGCGAGUCCCGGGAAAGGUGGCAGCGCGCGGCGGGGGCUCUCUAGGUAAAAAGCAGGGUGAGGUGGGUGGGUGGGGAAGAGAGGACUUGGACCUGAUGGGCUGGGCGAGGGAUGGUGCAAAGGGGUGGCGCGUGGCGGAGUUUCUUUGCGCGCAAGAAGGCUGGCAGGCGCUAGCGCACCUGGCCAUCGCGUGCGCAUCUUUGCAACCCCGGGAGAGGCGGCGCAGCUUCUUAUUUGUAACGGAUCCACCAGGUGGGAAGGGAGGAGAGAGGGAGAGAGAGGGAGAGAGAGAGAGAGAGAGAGGCGACAAGGCAGCCUUGUAGCCACCCGCCCCGAUCCCAGGCUUGGUGUGGGAAGGAGGGAGCGGAGCUGAUCCACCUUACCCAGACCUAAGGCGCAUCCAGCCCCUUCGUUCAGGAGAAAUGUGAGUGAUCUGGGCGGUCCAGCAAGCGGGUGUAACCGAACCCUGGUCCAGACAACGUCAGAGCGCGACGACCCGGGUUCAUUUUGAGUUCUCUUUCCUCUGCCGGAGGUGGAAUCGCAAACAGAGUUUGGGUCCAGUUUCAAGCUCCAGAUUAGCGGGGCAGAUUUGUGCGGGCAGAGACGGGAACGCAGAGAUAAACUUUGGGGAUCCUUUUCCAUCAGGCUUUGGGUUUCUCCUGCCGGCACCGAAAAUAUAUAUAUAUAUAUCUCCUCUCUUCUCCCCAUUUCUCCCUCGCCUUGCGGGCUUCAUCCAGCCAGGUAGAUCCGAGGCACGUUUACCCGGGGGGAAGCGCCAGGAAGAGUUAGAUGAGGCUUGCUCCCCUAUAAGCGCAUAUUGGGCGACAGCCUCAAUGGUACUUUUCUGUAGUAUUUUUGCUGCCCUGUUUGAACGAAACUCCUGGACUUUUCACCACUCGUUUUCAUCUUCAUUAUUUCAUAGACUAAAAACAGAUUUUUUGUUAUUCUUAAAAACUGUUUAAUUUCGGAUUCCAUGUGUUUCCAUGUGCUCCUAUGAUUCUGCAGACCCGAAUCUUCCUUCCCCUUUCUGCUCUGGGUCCUGGCCACCCACCCCGUUCGUUGAUUGAUUGAUUGAUUGCAUUUAUAUCCCCUCUGAUUGGCUACAAGGAACUCCAAGUGGCCUACAUGGUUCCUCCCCCCCUUAUUAUUAUUGUUUUAAAUAUUAUUAUUUUUUUGAAAGAUUUCCCAUAAGGAACAAUAGUACAUUCAGCGUCUCUGUUUUCAAAUUGUAGAGUCUUUCAUAAAGGUCAAUUACAGUCAAUAUGAGGCAUUUUAUUUUUUUUGUCGUAAGCAAUGUGGGGUUGAGGGGGGGCGAGAAGGGGGGAGAGAGAAGGGGAAGGAGGCAGUGGCUGGGUCCAGGCUCACCCAGUGAAAGGUUCGUGGCUGAGUGGGGGGAUUUGAACCCUUAUCUCUCCCAGGUCCAAAUCCAACACUAACCAUUAUACCACAUUUCCCCCAACCUACUUGCCUGGCCACUUUGUGGCGCCAUGCUUAUAUUCCCCACUGUCUUGAUUCCAUUUCUGUACUUCUGCCAAGUUCUGCGCUUUGUGUGUCUGCGCAAAUUAGCAAAAUCAUAUGCUUUCAAGUGGUGUGGGUUUGUUUACGUGGCAGAGCCCUGAAUGGGUGGGUGUUUAUACUCCCUGUCUCCCCCCAACUUGGUUUUCAUUGUGAGCCUGACUGCACAGCAAAGGGGUGUUUUGCAACAGCUCAGCAGCAGAAAGGAGCCGGGACGUUUAGAAAGCAGUUUAAAGCAGCCUUCUCCAACCCAGGUGUUUUAGACUACAACUCCCACCAGCCCCACUAGGGGUGGAAUGAUGGGAAUUGUAGUCCAGAACAGCUAGAGGGCCCCAGGUUGGGGGAGGCUGCUUGGAAGCGAUGCCCUGCGCUCCAGGUAUGUUCUAGAGAGCUUCAGUUAAAGAUAGAAGCAAAAUGCUAAUCUCUAAAUCCCGCAGAGGGAAAAGGCGCCGCAGCCUCCCCUCCCCACCCUUUUGUAAUUUACAUAACAGAGAUAAUUCGAGAGGAGCAUUAAAAAAAGAUCUGGUUAGCCGCACACUCUGUGCCUUUAUUUAGAAGUCCAGUGACCCCAAUUGCCGCUCUCCUCCCUCCUCUCCGCCCCACGGUUGGAAAAUUCCCACCAGCAGAAAAAAAAACAAGUUGUUUUCUGGGAGAGGAGUGAAGGUGAUCUGAUGUUACAGUCUGAUAGUUCUGCAUUCCUAACUCCUGCCUUUCCUCUCCUUCUUAAGUUCUUCUCUUGCUGGGAUAG